AUGCGAAGAAGGGCAUUCUUUGCGAGGUUUUUCGCGACAGAGAAUCGGGGCUUUGCGCCGGAGCGAUGCCUCAAAGAGGAGAUGCUGGGUGUUUACACGCGAGCCAGCGGGCGGCUGGGGGAUCUGGAGGGAAUGAUGGGCGGCGCUGGGGCGGCGGAGACGGUGGUGCCGUGGACGGCGAUGGUGGCCGGUCUUGUUCGCCAAGAGCUCUUCCGCGAUGCCAUUCUCGUGUUCCGGCAAAUGCAGCUCCAGGGUGUAGCGCCCAACCGCGUGACGAUCAUGACGGCGCUCACUGCCUGCCUCAAUCUCGCGUCCCCGCCGCUGCUCCGCCUCCUCCACUCCAUCGCCGCCGACGCCCAGCUCGCCACCGACAUCGCCAUCGCCACCUCGCUGCUCAACAUCCACGGCAAGAUCGGCAGCCUCGCCGCGGCCAAGGAGAUCUUCCACUCCAUGGAGAUCAAGUCCGUGAUCGCCUGGACAGCGAUGAUGGCCGCGUGCGUCCACCACCGCGAGAAUCGAGAGGCGCUCGUGUUCUUCCGGAGAAUGCUGCUGGAACACUCGAUCGCCAACACGAUCACCUUCGUCACCGUGCUCGGUGCUUGCGGCAAUUGCCGCGAGGGGGCAUCUGUCCACAAAUGGAUGAUCGAGUCUGGAAUCUCUGCCAGCAGCGUUUUCGCGAGCACCGCGAUCGUCACGAUGUAUGGACGAUGCGGUAGCGUGGAUCACGCGAAAGAGGUGUUUGAUUCAAUCGCGGAGAAGAAUUUCAUCUCGGGAACGCUAUGGUGGCAGCAUUUGCCCAGAACCGGCAUUGUGCUCACGCUUUGGCGAUGCGGGAUCGAGCUGGAUUUCGCGCUGGGGACGGCACUGCUCAACAUGUACGCCAGGAACCACAGCCUCGAGGAGGCGCUGUGGAUCUUUCGCCACGAGAUGAGCUCGCGGAGCUCGAUCUCCUGGAACACAAUGCUGGCAGCAUCCGCGCACAUUGGCGGCGAGGGCGUUUUUCUCGAUCUCCUCCGCGAGACGAGGCUCGAGGGAGUGAUUCCGAGCGAGGGGGCGAUCGUCGCGUGUCUCGGUGCUUGCGCCAGCACGAUCGGGGAGGGAGAGAUCGUUCUCUCUCACGCGAAGGAGCUGGGGAUUUGUAUGAAGAGAGCUCUUCCAGCUACUGCAGCAGUGACGUUCUUCCGGAGAUCUGGGAGGCUGGCGGCGGCGAGAGAGAUCUUUGAUGGUGUGGAGGAGGAUGAGAGGGAUUUGCCGCUGUGGGGGACGAUGAUCGCCGGCUACGCCGAUGAUUUCCAGCUCCGCCCCGCGAUGGCACUGCUGCGAGGGAUGCAGCACUGCGGUGUUCUUCCCAGCAAGGUGGUGAUCGUCGCCAUGAUCAACCUCUGCGCGGCAGUGUCGGAUCUUCGCCAAGGCGAGAUUUUCCGCGCUUUGUUCGUGGAGUCCUGUGGGAUCGAUCGAGAAAACUCGGCGGUGGUGGCCAACGCGCUUGUAGAUAUGUAUGGGAAGUGUGGAGCGUUGUCGCUCGCGAGAAAGCUCUUUCGAGAGAUCCCGGAGAAGGACUCGGUGUCUUGGAACUCAAUCGUAUCAGCGCUUUGCGAUCAUGGUCGGGGACGAGAGGCUUUGGAGCUCGUCCGGGAGAUGAUGCUCGAAGGCAUGGCGUCUAGCAGCGUUGGAUUCCUCGCGGUGCUGAGCUCCGGAUCUCUGGAGCUUCCGGAAGUGAAGACUUUCGAGGCGAUCUUGAUGGAGCUCGGCAUGGAUGAAAACUCUGCCACCUCGCUCGUCACCGGCUAUGGGAAGUGUGGAAAUUUGGCAGACGCGAGAAGGGUGUUUGAGGAGACGAUGAUCGAUCACAGGGUGGUGGCGUGGAACUGUUUGAUAUCGAUCCACGCUGAGAACCGCGAGCUCCAGCGAGCUCACAGGACGUUUCUCGAGAUGCUUCUCAGCGGAGUGGCUCCGGAGAGGAUCACCUUCAUUGUGAUCUUGAGCGUUCUGGUGGAGAGCUCCGGACAGGAUUUGCGAUCGCUGGAGCUCGUCCGCGCUUGCAUUGCCGAGGCCGGCCUGGAGACCGAGCUCGUUGUUGGAAACGCUCUCAUCAGCGCGUUUGGAAAGUGCUCCAGCCCCGGCAACGCUCGAGAGAUCUUCGACGCUAUGAUCGAGCGCAACAAAGUCUCGUGGACUGCGAUCAUCGCUGCGUACGCUCACAGCCACCAUGGCGCCAUCGCCAAGCUGUUCUUCCGGCGAAUGCUGCGCCAAGGCGAAGAGCCCGACCGAGUAACCUUCGCCACCAUUCUCUCCACUUGCACCACCGCCGCCGCUCUCGUCGAAGGCAAGCGCUUCCACGCUCUGCUCGCCGAGCGCCCGGCGAUGGAGAUGGAUCCCGUGGUGGUCUCGGCGCUCAUCCACAUGUAUAGCAAGUGUGGAAGCCUCGAGUCCGCGAGCAAAGUUUUCGAUCGUGGACGGAGCUUCUUGCUGCAAGAGAACUUGCUGGUGUGGACGUCCGUGAUCUCGGCCUAUGCUCACCACGGCGAUGGCGAGAGAGCUCUCAAGCUCUUUGCGCGAAUGCAGCAGGCUGGAUUGCGAGCCGACGGCGUGACGAUACUGAGCGUUCUCUCGGCCUGUGCCAAGGCCGGGAUGCUCGAGACCGGGAUCCAGUUCUUCGCGUCUAUAGCUCGGGAUCACUGCCUGGAGGUGACUCUGGAGCACUACAGCUGCUUGGUUGAUCUUCUGGGACGAGCGGGAGAGCUCAGUGCUGCCCAGGAGCUCGUCCGGAGAAUCCCCGACGCCAGAGCUUACGUGAGCUUCUUGAGCUCGUGUAGUGUUCAAGGAGAUGUUGAGCUGGGAAGAGUGGCGGCGGAGAAUGUGAGUGUUUUAGAUCCAAGCAUCUCCGCUGGCUACGUUGUUCUGUCCAAUUUGGUAUCAGGGAAACUGCCAUGA